UGUUUGUAAUGAAUUAUUUCACAAAGUAUUGUACGUUUUUCUCAACUUUCUUGCCCAUCCACCACCACUAUUCCCACUCUCCAAACACCUCCGCACACAGUCUCAGCCCAUCAUCCAUGGCCGGAGCUCUACCUUACAUCCCCGGCAAUCCGGUGGGUCGUGGUGUUUUCCGGCGAUCUUUUGGUUAUGGUAGGGGUGGUGCAUUAUUUUCUCGUAGACCUGUAGCUUGUGUCAUGUCCAAUUCCAGUAAGAUUGAUUACUGGACAUGUAUAAAUGCUGACAUUGAAACCCACCUUAAGGAGGCCAUUCCUGUACGGCCUCCCGUCGUCGUGUUCGAGCCCAUGCAUCAUUUAACCUUUGCCGCCCCGCGGAGUUUCGCUCCGGCCUUGUGCAUAGCUGCUUGUGAGCUUGUUGGUGGCAGCCGCGACCAAGCUUUGGCUGCAGCAUCUGCUCUACGUCUAAUGAUUGCUGCUGCUUUCACGCACGAGAACAUCCCGCUGACGGAUCGGCCUAGGCCCAGUGCUAGGCCCAUGUUUCAUCAUACAUUUGGACCAAAUAUUGAGCUUCUCACUGGUGAUGGAAUGAUACCUUUCGCGUUUGAGUUAUUGGCCCAGUUGAAUAACCCGGCGCAGGAUAAUUCGGACCGAAUUUUACGGGUGAUGAUCGAGAUCUCACGUGCCAUGGGUUCGCAAGGGAUGGUCGAAGGGCAAUAUAAUGAAUUUCAAUACGAUCAAUCCGUCGGGGAUGAAUUAUUCCACGUGGCAUGGCUCCGAGACGUCUGUAAGAAGAAAGAAGGCGCGUCACACGCUUGCGCGGGGGCGUGCGGGGCAAUAUUAGGAGGUGGAAAUGAGGAGGAGAUAGAAAAAUUAAGGAGGUACGGACUUUAUGUAGGUACGAUACAAGGAAUAUACAAUAAGGUUGAAGGAAACGAAGAAUGGUCAUUAAAAGAGGUAAAUAAGCUAAGAGAUUUGGCUCUUAAAGAAUUGAAAGAUUUCAAUGAAGAAGAAAAGGUUAGAGCAAUUUGUAGUCUUGUUGAGAACUAGUUGUGAUAGGAUGUCUGAUGCCGAGGCAAAGGUAUUACAUGAGGGACUCCUAUUUUAACUUAUGAAUAUAGUACGUCUUGUUUAAGAGAACUUUUCUACAAAUCAAGGAAGAAGGAGACUCAAACUUCAUAUAUUA